UGCUAUCUCUGUGAGGAUGUAGUUCGAGAAGGUUCGAUGAGGUUCGAUGUGCUUGAACCUCAUCAAACUAGUGCAUAUAUCACCCUGCACUCUUUCUAUCUCCUGUAAAGAUGUAGUCAGAGAAGGUUCGGUCCACCCCGGACUCGUGUGAAAGAAGUCUAUAUACCAUGCACACCCUUAACACCUUGUAUCCCCUGAAGAGAUGUAGUUGGAGA